GCAGAAUGAACAAUAGCUGUCACGUGCGAUAACAUUGCUAAACCACGUGGCUGGUCUUUCACUUCCGAGAAGAAGUAAUUGUGCUGUCAAUUUUGAAGCUCUGAGCAAGUGGUCAAACUAUUUGUCUGUAUUGGUGGAGGCUGAAGACAUGAGUCCAUGGACAGGGACUACUGAGGAACCUUCAUCAAGAACAUUAACAAGAGAUACUACACGUAGGGACAGAGCCGACCGACGUGGAGACGGUUACUAUCGCUACUGAAGAGGUGGUACCCAGUUCACAGUUUGAGAUAGAGAUAAGUCAGAGUGAUGAUGGGGAGAGUGUGGAGCAGCUACAGGCCAGUGACUUGGGCCCUAACUUUGGCCUUGUGCAUGAUACCCAGGAGAUCCACACGCUCACUAGCGAUGAUGGUUUGCCCUCUGACAUGACCUCUGAGGAUGACUCCACCCUCAACGCUAUAGGCCACGCCCUCAUCCAGAUGCAGCAAGGUGGACAGACCACCCCCUCAUCUCAGUUCCUCAUCACUAGGAGCACCUCAUCUGGUUCAGAGUCUGGCCAAAAAUUAAUGGUCCUCUGUAUGUGAUGAUCCCACCAUCCAGUAGUGCUGAGAUACUGCAUGCAAUGGGUCGACCUAUAGCACCCAAGAUGAGCAGGAUAUCAACUAUGGAUUAUCACACGGCCGACCCCAUCGUUCAAACUCAGGUCUGGGGAUAUGGCCGCCAACAGGGAAGCUCAGAGGAAGGCUACACACAUGAAGUUGAGCGUCGGCGUCGGGACAGGAUCAACGAGCUCAUCAAGGUGCUGGCUCAGAUAGUGCCUGCUUGUCAGAAGAAAGACGCAACUACUGGUUCCAUUGUCGGGUAUGUGUACAGCAAGGGAACGGUACUGGACAAGACAGUGGACUACUUGAAAGAAUAGGAACACAAGCAUGAAAAAGCGCUCUGUGUACCUCUAGCUACUUCACGACAAUCGAGAUUAUAUUUUCUUUGUUUCCGA